UCUAAUAUAUUCUGUCAUUUUUCCUUAGGUUAACAUUAGUAGUGGGAUUAUUUGUCCACGUCCACCAGCUCGUGUGUAAACAAUAUCCAUUUGAGCUAACGUUAGCUAGCUUGCUUACGAAGUUACCCAUUGAAACGGCUAGCCAAGCUAACUAGCUUUCUGUCAUACCGACAAACCUUCCAUGUCUGAACCCAAGUCCCCGGGUUCUUACUGUGGUGUUCCAGGACAGAGAAGCUCACAGUGGGGUCCAGAGAUGGUCUUAGUGAAGCUGGAGGACUGUAGUCAUCCACUGGAACUCAAUGUGAUAGUCAAAGAGGAGGAGAGGGAAGUCAAGGAAGAGGUAGAGAUUAAAGAGGCGGAGGACAUGGCCCUCAAAGAGGAGGCGGAGGACAUGGCCCUCAAAGAGGAGGCGGAGGACAUGGCCCUCAAAGAGGAGGCGGAGGACAUGGCCCUCAAAGAGGAGGCGGAGGACAUGGCCCUCAAAGAGGAGGCGGAGGACAUGGCCCUCAAAGAGGAGGCGGAGGACAUGGCCCUCAAAGAGGAGGCGGAGGACAUGGCCCUCAAAGAGGAGGAGGCGGAGGACAUGGCCCUCAAAGAGGAGGCGGAGGACAUGGCCCUCAAAGAGGAGGCGGAGGACAUGGCCCUCAAAGAGGAGGAGGCGGAGGACAUGGCCCUCAAAGAGGAGGAGGCAGAGGACAUGGCCCUCAAAGAGGACAUGGCCCUCAAAGAGGACAUGGCCCUCAAAGAGGACAUGGCCCUCAAAGAGGAGGAGGCGGAGGACAUGGCCCUCAAAGAGGAGGAGGCGGAGGACAUGGCCCUCAAAGAGGAGGAGGCGGAGGACAUGGCCCUCAAAGAGGAGGAGGCGGAGGACAUGGCCCUCAAAGAGGAGGAGGCGGAGGACAUGGCCCUCAAAGAGGAGGAGGAGGCAGCGGAGGAGGAGAUGGUCACAGAAGUGGAGAACAGGGAAGAAGUAGAUGGUAACACUGACCCAGGAGAGAUCUCCAACCCAGGUUCAGACAGUGAGCCCAGUUCCACAGCAUCAGGAAACCAUAAACAACACAGACGGAAGAACUCAAGACAGAAACAUCACUGCAUGGACUGCUUCACUAGUUUCUAUGAUCCAGAGGAGUUGAGAAGGCACACUUGUAGGCCCCACCCCUGCUCAGAUUGCAGAGGCAGCUUUAUUUGUCCAAUUCACCUCAAAUCAAAACAGACUCAAAAAAGGAUUAUGACAUACCCGUGUGGUCAAUGUGAGAAGAUAUGUGAAACACCAAGCAAACUCAAGACGCACCAGAUAACUCACACAGGAGAGAAGCCAUACCACUGCACUGUUUGCGGAAAGGGUUGCAGUCAUUCGGAUCAACUAAAGACACACCAGAGAACUCACACAGGAGAGAAGCCUUAUCAUUGCUCCCAAUGUGGAAAGAGUUUCAGUCAGUUAUCUACUCUGAGAAAACACCACCUAACUCACACAGGAGAGAAGCCUUACCUCUGCUCUCAUUGUGGGAAGAGUUUCCGUCAGUUAGCCAACCUAAAUGCACACCAUUUAAUUCACACAGGAGAGAAGCCAUACCACUGCUCUCAGUGUGGGAAGGAUUUCAGACAUCCAAGAGACUUAAAGUCACACCAGAGAACUCACACAGGAGAGAAGCCUUACCACUGCUCCCAAUGUGGAGCGAGUUUCAGUCAGUUGUCAACUCUGAAAAAACACCAGCUAACUCACACAGGAGAGAAGCCUUACCUCUGCUCUCAAUGUGGGAAGAGUUUCAGCAGGUUAUGUGAAAUGAAGGCACACCAGAUAACUCACACAGGUGAGAAGCCAUACCACUGCUCUCAAUGUGGGGAUAGCUUCACCAGUUUAUAUUUCCAAAAGAAACACCAGCUGAUUCACACAGGAAAAAAGUCAUUUCACUGCUCCCAGUGUGGGAACAGUUUUAGUCAAUCAUCAACUCUGAAGACGCACCAGAUAACUCACACAGGAGAGAAGGCCUUCCACUGCCGUCAGUGUGGGAAGAGUUUCAGUCAUUUAUCAACUCUGAAGACUCAUCAGAUAACUCACACUGGAGAUAAGCCUCACGUCUGCUCUCAGUGUGGGAAGAGUUUCAGUCUGGUAGGAAACCUUAAGCGACACCAGCUAUCCCACACAGUAGAGAAGCCUUUCUGUUGCUCUCAUUGUGGGAAGGGUUUCAGUCAAUCAUCAGCUUUAAAGAAACACCAGAGAACUCACACAGGAUGAAAGCUGAAGACACCAGUUUGCUCACAUAGGGGAUAAGCCUUAACUCUACUAUCAAUGUGGGGGUAGUUUCACCAGUUUAUAUUUCCCCCAAAAAACACUAGCUGUGGAAAGGUUCUGUAAUGAAUAAAAUGUUCUGUGUGCAUCUUAUCUUUGGUGUCCUAAACUGGUACGUGUGCAUCUAAGUUUGACUGUGACCUCUCCAGCUUGCUGACAAUAAAGGGUGAUUCAUUUUAAUAUUGA